AGUAGAGGAUUUACUUCGGCGGAGCAGCUCAGCGCAGAGCGAAAGGGCAGCGCCAGCGGAGGAGCUGAGCGCCCGGAGGAGCCUGGCAGAAGGGUGAACAAUGACCCUCAACAACGUCACCAUGCGUCGCACCCACAACAGCCUGCAGCAGCAGCAGCAGCAGCGCUGGAGCAUCCCUGCCGACGGCAAGAAUCUGCUGGUCCAGAAAGACUCCAACAAGUACAACCCACAGAAACGCUACACCAUCAGCCCUGAUGAGUACUACAGGAAGAGCUGGUCCUCUGAGUCCUCUGACUCUGUCAUCUCCUCGGAGUCUGGCAGCAGUUGCUACAGGGUGGUGCUGAUCGGGGAGCACGGCGUGGGCAAGUCCUCGCUAGCCAACAUCUUUGCAGGGGUGCACGACAGCAUCGACAGUGACUGUGAGGUGUUGGGAGAAGACACAUAUGAGAGAACCCUGAUGGUGGAUGGGGAAGGUGCAACCAUUAUACUGCUGGACAUGUGGGACAACAAGCGUGAGGGAGAAUGGAUUCGAGACCACUGCAUGCAAGUGGGAGAUGCAUACCUGAUUGUUUACUCCAUCACAGACCGAGCAAGCUUUGAGAAGGCCUCUGAGCUCAGGAUACAGCUCCGCAGGGCACGCCAGAAGGAAGACAUCCCCAUUAUUCUGGUCGGCAACAAAAGUGACCUUGUCAGGUGCCGGGAAGUUUCAGUGGCAGAGGGCCGAGCCUGCGCCGUGGUGUUCGACUGCAAGUUCAUCGAGACCUCUGCGGCCGUGCAGCACAACGUGCGGGAGCUGUUCGAGGGCAUCGUGCGGCAGGUGCGGCUGCGCAGGGACAGCAAGGAGAAGAACGAGAAGCGGCUGGCCUACCAGAAACGCAGGGAGAGCAUCCCCAAGAAAGCCAGGAGGUUCUGGGGCAAGAUAGUUGCCAAGAACAACAAGAACAUGGCCUUCAAACUCAAGUCCAAGUCUUGCCACGACUUAUCUGUUCUGUAAGGGCGCUGGGCUCCGCCAGAGCUUGCGGCGUUACGCGGCCAUUGCCUAAGGGUGUGGUGGGACAAUCGAUCAAUCUAUAUUAGAUUGGGCUAUCGAAGUGACUUUAGGGUCACAGCUGUGAUUGCGGUGAUAAGUGCUGGCAUAAGAACAGCACAGUGCAUGGGAACCUCUCUCUCAUU